CCGCAACAGCCCCACAGCGUGACGGAGGGCGCACUGGGCACCAGCGGAAGUCGGCAUUCCCUGGAGAACUAUCAGCCGGAUUGAAGCGAGAAAUAUGCUGAGAAAUUAAGGAGAAGUGAACUAGGAUUCUCGUCAUGGAGCAUGGUGCCAUUUUGCCGCCUUUCCGGGUGGACCGGCUGUCAUUCAUCUUUGAGUAUCCUCCCUCACCUUCAGCAUAGUGCCACACAUCGCAAAUAUGGCGUCUCCGCAGGUCCAGCACCCAGGUCUUCGGGCAACUUUCACGGGGAUUGAGAGGGAGUCUGAGGGAGUCACAGUCCAUGAAUUCAGAGGUAUCAAGUACGCCUCGGUGCCGGCGCGGUUUGAGCGGGCACAGCCCGUGGAUGGCUUUGCGGAUGCCGUGGUUGAUGCUUCUCGAUACGGGCCGAGGUGUCCACAGGUCGAUGUUGACGUACGCCAUUUACUGCGCAUACCAGAGGACUUUAAAAUAGAGAAAGAGCCUGAGGAUGAGUUUGAAUGCUUGAACUUGGAUAUCACCUGUCCGCCAGCUUCGUCAGCGAAGGGUCCUCUUCCUGUUCUUCUAUGGAUCUAUGGAGGUUCGCAAGUAGUGACCUUCUGCUCCGCUGCAUCCAAGAUCUGCGAUUCCAUAAAGAUCGUUGCAGAUUCUAUAAAGACCGGGCAGCCUAUCAUAUUCGUCUCGAUCAAUUAUCGACUCAAUAUCUUCAGCUUUGGCGACGGCAAGGAGAAGAAUCUUGCUAUAAAAGAUCAGAAGUUAGGGAUUGAAUGGGUGCAAAAGAAUAUCUCUGCCUUUGGAGGUGAUCCGGACAAAAUCACGCUGGCCGGGGAGAGUGCUGGAGCGGUGUAUGUCCAUGCCCAUCUGGUCACCGGUACGCCCGUCAAGAGAGCAGUCCUGGCAUCUGGAUCUUUGUAUCUCUCUUCUCCUCUGCCUGUUGAGAGGGGCCAGGGGCUCAUCAAGACGCUGGAAGCCAAGGUGCAGGAACUAGGCCAGCUGUCGCUUCGGCAGUCGUCUAUGUCGGCUCUCAUACAGGCUUUGAAAGAGUGCAAUGUGAACACCAUGUGGAUACAAGAGGAUGAGGAUUUCCAGGACUGGGAAGCGAAGCCCGAGUUGGUCGAGGAAGUCAUGAUUGGUGAUACUGAAUAUGAGUCAGUCAUCUGGAGAAACGGAAUCGAGACUUUCGAUGGUGAAGCAAUUGCUGCAGCUUUCGAGCAGGAUGAGCAAUGGGGCACGAAACUACGCAAGAUGUAUCAUGUUGUCGCCGAUCGUCCAACAGCUUGCAAGUUGGGCGCUUUGGAUCUUGUGCACGACGCUCGAUAUACAUUGCCAGUGGAACUCGUCGCCGAAAAGCUACAAGCAGCAGGCAAACGGGUCUACAAGUACGUGGUUGACCAGAGCAAUCCGUGGCAGCCAUCCAGCCGAGCUCACCAUGCCGUUGACCUACUCUUCCUGUUUGAUGGCGUCGACCUAUCCUUCAACCCAGCUGCGAAGUCGGUCGGCCAAGAGAUGCGGAAGCGUUGGGUACAAUUUGUCAAUGGCCAUAGCCCGUGGUCUGAGGAGCAAAGAUUCGCAUAUGGGCCUUUGGGUGAAUGUGGGGAGAUUUCCGCGGCGCAGUUUGCUUCCAGACGACGAGUCGAGCAUGUGCAGGCACUAAGGGAGGCGGGGAUGGGCGUCUACAUGCCCAUUGUAUUUGCCUUGACGGCCGGCAGGAUUAGCUUAUUGAAUUAGAGAAUGCAC